CCGGCUGCGCUCGUGCUUGUGCGGCUCGUGUGUGUUUAUGUUUUAUGUCCGUCUGGACCGUCUGCAUCGCUAACGACGCUAGCGUUGCCGCAAACGGUGAUCUCUCUUUGCUGAUUUUCUCAAUAUUUGGCAACUGAAGUUCCAUAAAUCCUUUCACGAUGGCGACAAUGCCCAUGAACCCGAAACCUUUCCUCAACAGCCUCACUGGCAAACCUGUGAUGGUGAAGCUCAAAUGGGGCCACGAAUACAAAGGAUAUUUGGUAUCUGUUGAUGGUUACAUGAAUCUGCAGCUGGCCAACACAGAAGAGUAUAUAGACCACGUCUGCACCGGCAACUUGGGUGAAGUUCUGGUGAGGUGUAACAACGUCUUGUAUAUCAGAGGAAUGGACGAAGAAGACGAGGAUGGUGAAAUGAGAGAGUGAUGUAAUUGAGACUUUCUGAGCGCAUGGUCAUGUGAGUGAAUUUGGAAAUUUAGGUUUCGUUUUCAACUUGAUGUAAAUUAUGCAUUAUUUUUACUUAAUUCCCCCGGGAGUGAAUAAAACUAACUUCGACAAGCAAAAUCAAAUUAAAUUUAUUUUAUUAAAUUCAAUUAAUUUAUUAAUUCUCUCACAAAAAAAAAGAUUGCAAUAAAAGAUAUCCAUAACUGAAUACUUCUCUUUGUGUGAAAACAGCAUCUUUUAAAAAAAAAAAAACAAACAAACAAACAAAUGUUGGCGCUGGAAAAAAAAGUUAUUUUAUGCCAUCAAGUUUCAGUCUUUCAAUCAAGUUUCGCAUUGUAUUCGAACCAAUGGAGUUUUGCACUGUACAGAAGCAGAUGGAAAAGAGUAGAGAUGAAUAUUUAUUUUAACUUUUUACACAUAAUUUACAAACACCUAUAUUGUGUUUUUAUCUCCUAGCAAGCAUUCUUCUUUUAAUUUCACUGCAGUGACUUAAGUCGCCAUAAUCAGAAGUCACCAGAUUGCAUAAAAUCUCCUCCUUGCACCUGAAGUCACAACCUUUCUUCAUUGAAGUAUCUCCUCUUUUUACAGUAAUCC